AUGGCUCCCCAAUAUGUCACCUUCUUCAUGGCUCACCUUGAGGAAGAAUUUUUGGAAAAAUGCAGCACUAAACCAAUGGUAUACCUGAGAUACAUCAAUGAUAUAUUCAUCCUCAGGACAGAUGACCUAAACUUCCUCAUAAAUUUUCAUCACAACCUCAACAACCACCACCCAUCCAUCAAACUCUCUCUAGAACACUUCCACACCAGCACCCACUUCCUAGACACCAUGGUCUAUGCAAUAUUAGUUAGUCACCCACCUGCUCCAAAUGAUCACCUAACACCAACACCUGUAUCAUACACAGCUGGCUUCUACAGGAUUCCUGUCAUUGGUCUGACAACACGCAUGUCUAUAUAUUCUGAUAAGAGCAUCCACCUGUCCUUCCUGCGCACUGUCCCACCGUACUCUCACCAGUCCAAUGUCUGGUUUGAGAUGAUGCGAGUGUACAACUGGAAUCACAUCAUACUAAUAGUCAGUGAUGACCACGAGGGUCGCGCUGCACAGAAGAAGCUGGAGACGCUCCUGGAAGAGAGAGAAUCCAAGAGUAAAAAAAGGAACUAUGAAAACCUCGACCAACUUUCCUAUGACAACAAGCGAGGACCCAAGGCUGAGAAAGUUCUUCAGUUUGACCCUGGAACCAAAAACGUGACUUCGCUGCUGCUUGAGGCGAAGGAGCUGGAGGCUCGGGUUAUCAUCCUUUCUGCAAGUGAGGAUGACGCCGCCACAGUGUACAGAUCGGCAGCCAUGCUCAAUAUGACGGGCUCAGGAUACGUGUGGCUGGUGGGGGAGAGAGAGAUAUCUGGCAAUGCCCUGCGAUACGCCCCUGACGGGGUGAUUGGUUUGCAGCUCAUUAACGGGAAGAACGAGUCAGCUCACAUCAGCGAUGCUGUCGCAGUGGUAGCUCAGGCAGUGCAUGACUUAUUCGAGAAGGAGAAUAUCACGGACCCCCCGAGAGGCUGCGUUGGGAACACCAACAUCUGGAAGACUGGCCCUCUUUUCAAGAGAGUGUUGAUGUCGUGCAAGUACACCGAGGGCGUGACCGGGAGAGUGGAGUUCAAUGAAGAUGGGGACAGGAAAUUCGCCAAUUACAGCAUCAUGAACCUGCAGAACCGGAAACUGGUUCAAGUUGGGGUUUACAAUGGCAGCCAUGUCCUGCCCAAUGACCGGAAGAUCAUCUGGCCGGGGGGAGAGACAGAGAAACCUGCGGGCUAUCAAAUGUCAACCAAAUUGAAGAUUGUGACAAUUCACCAAGAGCCCUUUGUGUACGUGAAAGCAACACAAACCGAUGGAACAUGUAAGGAAGAAAUUACCAUCAAUGGAGACCCCGUGAAAAAGGUCUUUUGCACUGGACCCAAUGAGACCAUCCCAGGCCGCCCCACCGUGUCGCUGUGCUGCUACGGCUUCUGCAUCGACCUGCUGAUCAGACUUGCAGGGGUGAUGAAUUUCACCUACGAAGUUCACCUGGUUGCUGAUGGUAAAUUUGGCACACAGGAGCGGGUCAAUAACAGCAAUAAGAAGGAGUGGAACGGGAUGAUGGGGGAGCUCCUGAGCGGCCAGGCAGACAUGAUCGUGGCCCCCCUCACCAUCAACAACGAGCGUGCGCAGUACAUCGAAUUCUCCAAGCCCUUCAAGUACCAGGGUCUCACCAUCCUGGUGAAGAAGGAAAUCCCCCGCAGCACCCUCGACUCGUUCAUGCAGCCUUUCCAGAGCACGCUCUGGCUGCUGGUGGGACUCUCGGUGCAUGUGGUGGCCGUGAUGUUAUAUCUCUUAGACCGGUUCAGCCCGUUUGGCCGGUUCAAAGUGAACAGUGAGGAAGAGGAGGAAGACGCACUGACCCUCUCCUCGGCCAUGUGGUUCUCUUGGGGAGUGCUGCUGAACUCUGGGAUCGGAGAAGGUGCUCCCCGGAGCUUCUCUGCUCGUAUCCUUGGCAUGGUGUGGGCUGGCUUUGCUAUGAUCAUUGUGGCUUCCUACACUGCCAACCUGGCUGCCUUCCUGGUGUUAGACAGACCUGAAGAGAGAAUCACAGGCAUUAACGACCCGAGGCUGCGGAACCCCUCCGAUAAGUUCAUCUACGCCACGGUGAAGCAGAGCUCGGUGGACAUUUACUUCCGGCGGCAGGUGGAGCUGAGCACCAUGUACCGGCACAUGGAGAAGCACAACUAUGAGAGCGCUGCCGAAGCCAUCCAGGCCGUCAGGGACAACAAGCUCCACGCCUUCAUCUGGGACUCGGCAGUGCUGGAGUUCGAAGCCUCCCAGAAGUGUGACCUGGUGACAACAGGGGAGCUUUUCUUCCGCUCUGGCUUUGGGAUUGGGAUGCGCAAAGACAGCCCCUGGAAGCAGAACGUCUCCCUGGCCAUCCUCAAAUCCCACGAGAACGGCUUCAUGGAGGAUUUGGACAAGACUUGGGUGAGGUAUCAGGAGUGUGAUUCCCGUAGCAAUGCCCCAGCAACACUCACCUUUGAAAAUAUGGCAGGUGUAUUUAUGCUGGUGGCUGGAGGUAUUGUUGCCGGGAUAUUUUUAAUAUUCAUAGAAAUAGCUUACAAAAGGCAUAAGGAUGCGCGGAGGAAGCAGAUGCAGCUGGCGUUUGCGGCCGUUAAUGUGUGGCGGAAAAACCUGCAGUCCUCUCUCUCUCUUGUGGCGCUAGGAUUCAGCUUCAGAAAAGGCCCAGAGCAUUUUUUUUUAGUGGAUAGAAAAAGUGGUAGAGCAGAACCUGACCCUAAAAAGAAAGCCACUUUUAGGUCCAUCACCUCCACCCUGGCCUCCAGCUUCAAGAGACGUAGGUCCUCCAAAGAUACGCAGUAUCAUCCCACUGACAUCACCGGGCAACUCAACCUCUCCGACCCCUCAGUCAGCACUGUGGUGUGA